ACCAUAGCUGAUGGCACAUAUUACCAGUCCAAGACAGAAGAAGUUUUUCUUGUGCCCAGUCUAUAUGCACUGUAUUUCUAUGUUUUCCAUAUAUUAGGUCAGAAUAUGUCGAUAAAAGCGGUCACAGGUCUUGUGACCUUCAAGAAGCUUAUAAGUAGUACCACGGAUGAUUGGAUCGAUAAGCUAAACCACGUCUACACCGUCACAAUCCUAAUCAUUCUUGCAACAGUGAUUUCAACCAAUCAGUUUGUAGGGGAUCCAAUAUUUUGCUGGGUCCCGGCAGAGUUUACAAACGCAUAUGAGGCGUACACGAAGUGGUACUGUUGGAUCAAGAACACGUACUUUGUCCCAAUCAGCGACGCCAUUCCGAUUGACGUCAAUGUACGAUCGAAUGCCGAGCUGACAUAUUACCAAUGGGUUCCCCUGAUACUUAUGUUUAUGGCAUUCAUGUUCAAGUUCCCACACCUGCUUUGGACCAUGAUGAACACCCACACGGGCCUUAACCUGAUGAAACUGGUUUCUAUAUCUGAAAAAGUUAUGCUAGCAUCAAAGAAAGAGCGUGACGAACAUAUCAAUCACAUGGCAAUCUUUCUUGACAUGUGGCUCCGUUCGCACCAUUAUCAUAAUAAGCAUAAUUUUGUGGCACGUGCAAAAACGCGGAUUUCUCGAGUCUUAUGUUUUGUAUGUAAUAAACGAGAGGGGAAAUACUUGACAGCUUUAUAUUUCAAUAUAAAAGUAUUUUAUGUAGUCAAUGUCAUAUGUCAAUUUUAUUUACUUAAUGGCUUUCUUGGAAUGGACUAUAAUUCCCUUGGAUACAACGUGUUAAAUGGUUUAGCAGAUUCUGAGAAUUGGCUUGAAAGUCCCCGAUUUCCAAGGGUUACAUUAUGUGACUUCAGAAUUCGCCAACUGGAAAACAUCCAAAGGUACACAGUCCAGUGUGUUCUACCAAUCAAUCUCUUCAACGAGAAGGUCUUUAUCUUUCUUUGGUUCUGGUUAUUUUUCAUCGCUGUCUUGUCGUGUGUCAAUCUUUUCAAGUGGUUCUUAUUGCUUGUAAUGAGGAAGAAUAACUACAUGUUUGUGCGGAAAUAUCUGAAGGUCUCUAAGACUGGUGAGGAGAAAACCAUGACAGUCUAUGAAAAGAAACUCUGCCACAGAUUCGCUGAAUUCUAUCUGAGGGAUGAUGGUUGCUUUGUUCUAAGAAUACUGUCUCUAAAUUCUUCAGACGUAGUAGUUGCUGAUCUUGUUGAACACAUUUGGAACCAGUUCAAAGAGGAAAAGGAUAAAGAACUACGAAAAAUAUCCAAAGGUCAAAAUGAUGAUGAUGAAUACCCGGAUGUACCGUACAUUGACCAAGAAACCGAAGAACACUAGAUAAUUACAAGCUGGUUUAUGAUUGGUUUAAAAAUGUGAAGAAUAUAGAUCUACGAAAAGUGAUUGGCUAAAUGUAUUUGAAUUUAAGAGGUUUAAUUGGUUGGUUAUAAAUAGCUUCUGGGUUAAAAGCACGAUGGGUAAACAUUGACCUUGAAAUUCUGUUAUAGGUUGUAAUCGGUCACGGAAUUGCAGAUUUGGUUAUAGGUGCCCAAAUGCUCAUAAAAACAUUUUUUAACCAAUGUACGAAAAAAAUGCUAGUCAAAUCAGAUCUUAGUAUACAUAUUUUAAUGAACGAUCAUUUUUUUCCGAAUUGAUGAAUUGAGGAAUUUCCUUUGUUUCGAUUAUUCAAGCCACAAUGUCACAUGUUUAUUUUCAUUACAUCAUUGAACGCACAUUACAGACGUCAUUUUUUCGAGUGGUUACCACAUUUAAACAAAAAUCAUUUAGUAACGUUUAUGAAUUUUAAUCUUCAUAUAAUGAUACAUAUGUGUUUGAAAAUAUCCACCUAAGUCUUGGCGUCACUAUAAAUAGACCGCGUCUUGAUUUGGUAAUUAAAGUACUUGUUUGUGACGUCAUAAUAAGUUAUCAUGAAAAAUUACGUGUUUUGCCAAUAUACAUUUUUAAAUGCUCUAUACUGCCGGUAUCAAAUCAUAUCAUUAUGUUAUCUUUACGUCAUGUUAUUUCUUGUGACUGCUGCAAUUCAAAUUUUUAAAAAUUAACAAACCGAAAAUGUGAAAAUAUGCUACAAAACAAGUAGAAUAUGUAAUAUGUCAGUGAUACAAUUGAAGUACUACUUCAGUGAUACAAAAAAGUAGAAUAAUUAUUCAGGGAUACGGAACUAGUAAAGUAAUACAAUUAGGGUACCACUUCAAUGUUAUUUUCAGUGAUACAAAACAAUUAGAGUAAUAUUUCAGUAAUAACAAACAAAUUGACAAGUAGAGUAAUACUUAAUUGAUGAUACAAAACAAGUAGAGUAAUACUUCAGUGAUACAAUAAAAACAAGUAGAGUAAUACUUCAGUGAUACAAAACAAGUAGAGUAAUACUUCAAUAAUACAAAACAAGUAGAGUAAUACUUCAAUGAUACAAAACAAGUAGAGUAAUACUUCAGUGAUACAAAACAAGUAGAGUUAUACUUUCAGUGAUACAAAACAAGUAGAGAAAUACUUCAGUGAUACAAAACAAGUAGAGUAAUACUUCAAUAAUACAAAACAAGUAGAGUAAUACUUCAAUGAUACAAAACAAAUAGAGUAAUACUUCAGUGAUACAAAACAAGUAGAGUAAUACUUCAAUGAUACAAAACAAGAAGACUUAUACUUUAGUGAUACAAAACAAGUAGAGUAAUACAAAACAAGUAGACUUAUACUUCAGUGAUACAAAACAAGUAGAGUAAUACAAAACAAGUAGACUUAUAUUUCAGUGAUACAAAACAAGUAGAGUAAUACAAAACAAGUAGAUUUAUACUUCAGUGAUACAAAACAAGUAGAGUAAUACUUCAAUGAUACAAAACAAAUAGAGUAAUACUUCAAUGAUACAAAACAAGUAGAUAAAUAUUUCAAUGAUACAAAACAAAUAGAGUAAUACUUUAGUGAUACAAAGCAAGUAGAUUUAUACUUCGGUGAUACAAAACAAGUAGAGUAAUACUUCAGUGAUACAAAACAAGUAGAGUAAUAUUUCAGUGAUACAAAACAAAUAGAGUAAUACUUCAGUGAUACAAACUUAUUAUAAAAAUUAGAGUAUCUACAGUGAGACAAAACAGAUUCAGUUAAUAUCCUGUAAAUUCUUUAGUCCUUUCUCUAAAACAAUGCUUCCUGAAAACUUUUAGCAAUCUUAUACUAAACAAACCAUAAAUGAUUGAUUGGUUUAUUGUAUAUUUUUACCACGUG